UGCAGUUAGUGAAAAGUGCGUUAACAAACGUUAACGGCUAGCUCAUUAGCUUCCUCAUUUGUUUUGCUCCGAUAUACCGUUUUGCUACAGCGUUAAGCUUUUGAACUGCACACUGAACUUCGCCGUAAUAACAGAUCCCGAGUCAUGGUGAGAGAACGGACCCAGAAGAAGUCCUUCCAGCAAAGUCUGGAGGACAUCAAGGAGAAAAUGAAGGAGAAGAGGAACAAACGUCUGGCCAGUGCCUCAGCCCCCAGCGGGGGCCGGUCAAGGAUGAUGAACAAAACAAGUGGAAGUACCUCCACGCACACCAUCCUGAUGGGUGUGCAGAUGAACAACAAGGCGCUGGCUGUGGCCUUGCAGGCUGAAAAGGAGAAAGUGAGGCAGGCUAAUGCAGUGAUCCUGCAGCUGAAAAGAGAGCAGCAGGCACUCUUCCUUCACCUGCUUCUGCUCAAGAGAAAGCUGAAAGAGCAGGAGGCUCUGGCAGCGAGUGCUUCAGAGACUAAACCUUCUACUGAUGCCAAGCACAACAUGCAUUCAGUUAGAAGAAAGCGGACCAGCCAGAACCUGGACCACAUCAUCUGUGAAUCUUCACCAGUUUGUGCAGACCCUCAGCUCUCUAACAAGAAUGGGGAUCUUCAGUGUGAAAAACAGGUGACCUUGCCAUCUACAGUAGGAGUGCGGCGUCAGCGUACAGAUAAAAACAGGAGGAGGUCUGAACGUUUGCAAGAACAGAGGAUUCUGGGUGAGGAAGGUCCAGUUGCUGGCUUUGGGUCUUGGAUCCCAAGUCCUAUUCGCAGUGACAGUGAAAAUCUCAGUCAAAUGCAAAAAUUUGAAGAACCAGAGAUGGCAGAUCCAGGUUUCACUGAGGAGUUACAGCACUCUACUCCUGAACCAGUGCCACCCAAAAAAAGCAGACAACAGGUCGCCAGGAAGCAGACCCAGCAGCAGCAACUGUCCUCCAAACCAGAACAGGUUUCACGAAAACCGGAGAGAGGGCGCAAACCAGAGCGUGCCCCAUUAAAGAAACCGUGGGAGAAUACCAAACCCAGAACCAGGUCAAAGAGUCGGGACCGAUCAGCCACACGGGCCAAAACGGCACCUCCAGCACAGGGCAAUAAACUCAACACUUCACUGGGAUUUAAUGACACAUUUGACUUUGACUGUGAAGAGACCGUCCACGUCACGCCAUUCAGGGCCAAGGCUGAGGACAAUCAGCGAAUUACACCCUUGAGUGAGGAGGCUCAAGAAACAGGACAGGCCCAGGCUGAAACUUCACCUGUGAUUUCCAAGCACAGUGAAUCCAGCUCUUCAUCUCCAUCUUCUGAAUCAGAAGACAGCCUUUAUGUUCCUCACAAGACCAGACAGAGACCAGCUUCUCCUAACAAGACCAAGGGCAUCACCACUCGUAGAGGCCGGCUCUCCAGCACAGUCAGGAAGACGGAAAACAUCCCUCCAAAACCAGAGAUCACUGUCUUCAGAGAUGAAGAGGCAAGUCCCAAGACUACAGGCUCUGAAGAGGCAGCAGGUUGCCUCGAUCAGUCACCUGAUUUUAGCUGUUCUAACAGCCCUGACCCUGUAAAGAUGGAACAGGAUAAUUAUCAAGAGGCUCGUGGAGAAGGAAUGGAGAAUGAUUGUUUGCUUCCUGUCAGCCCUCUGAUUGAAGCUGAGAUGAUGAGAAUAGACAAUGUCCUGUCCAAUUUUGGAGAUUCCUCCGGUGAAGCUCCACCACUUUUACCCCACCAAACUCCAAAGAGGCUCAAAUCAUGCAAGAAACGUGGGCUUGGUGUAAGGCCAGCAGGGCGGGGCUUGAGUCUGUGUGAUGUGACCAAUCUGUCCCCUACAGCCUAUCGCAAAUUUUCCUGUGGAGGCUCGUCUGAUUCUCGAUGCUCCACCCCCGUUCCUAUCCGCAAGCGGCGCUGCACCAUGGCGGUCAACUACAAGGAGCCCUCGUUGCACGCGAAACUUCGGCGGGGAGACAAGUUCACAGACGUGCAGUUCCUCCGCUCUCCAGUUUUCAAGCAGAAGUCUGGCAGGAGGUCUGUGCAGAAACCAAGGAAUUCAAGGAGUGGGCAUCAGCCUUUUGAAAAGUACAAUGAGUCUUUUGUUGGGUGUCGCUGAAAGUUGUUGCCUGAC